AGAGCGCUGCCCCCCGCAGCGUCGUCAUUGCGCAGAGCAGUUUGAACCAAAAAGCGGAGUGACCUUCCUCCGCUCUCAGUCUGAGAGGGGCAGCACUGAAGCAAUAAGCCGGUCACAGCUCCCGCAGUCCCCCCGCUUUAGCUUCAGAAAUGAACAACAACUUAGUCGGAGAUGAAGUCGGGAAACUUUUUGUGGGUGGAUUGGACUGGAGUACCACACAAGAGACACUGAGAAACUACUUCUCACAGUAUGGGGAAGUAGUAGAUUGUGUCAUCAUGAAGGACAAAACUACAAAUCAGUCGCGAGGCUUCGGCUUUGUAAAGUUCAAAGACCCCAAUUGUGUACGGACAGUGCUGGAGACAAAGCCACAUAAUCUCGAUGGAAGAAAUAUUGACCCGAAGCCAUGUACUCCCAGAGGAAUGCAGCCUGAAAAGUCUCGAACCAAGGAGGGCUGGGGCAGCAAAGCUGAUAGCAAUAAAUCAAAGAAGAUAUUUGUAGGUGGAAUCCCCCAUAACUGCGGCGAGCCUGAACUCAGGGACUAUUUCAAUAGAUUCGGAGUGGUCACAGAGGUGGUAAUGAUCUAUGAUGCGGAGAAGCAGAGGCCCCGAGGUUUUGGAUUUAUUACUUUCGAGGCCGAACAAUCAGUGGACCAGGCUGUCAACAUGCAUUUUCACGACAUCAUGGGCAAAAAAGUGGAAGUAAAGAAGGCCGAACCUCGUGACAGCAAAGCUCCUGGCCAGCUUGGCCCUGGCCAGUGGGCGCCCAGGGGCAUCUUGAGUGCAGCUAAUGGUUGGACAGCACAGCCUGCCCAGGGCUGGCAACAGCCUUAUGGGCCACAGGGAGUGUGGGUGUCAACUACUGGCCAGCCCAUAGGCGGGUAUGGACCUCCAUUGCCAACAGGCCGGGGAACCCCCGCCCAGCCUCCGUCGCCUUUCAACGCAUUCCUGGUCACGACCCCGGCAGGUGGCUUUGCUGCACCUCAGGGCUACCCUCAGCAGGGCUACAGCACCGCACCUCAGUUUGGUUACAGUUUCGGCACACCACAAGCAGACCAGUAUGCUCCACAGGUUCCUCCUCCACCCACGACUCCAGGAACUGCACCGCUGGGCUUUGCACCAGCCACCACACCAACUCAGGAUUUGAGCAAAGCUCCCACCGGGCAGCCCGACUUCACUUAUAGCCAGUAUGGCUUGGGUAACUACCCUCAGGACCCCUCUGCCUACGGACCAACGCGUCCUUCUCACAGUUAUGGUCAGGAUGAGCAGGGAGGAUAUAGUUCAGCUAAAGGGGUGAGAAAGGAAAGAAGAUUUAAAGAAGGCCACGAAACCAGGUACGGUCAGGACCUGACAGCCUUCGGCCACAGCUUCGCAGACCCCAGCCAGCCGACAGCCUCGUACGGUGCCCCGACAGCACAGCCCGCCGCUGCUCCCCAGCCCGCCGCCAGUGCAUUCGGCAGAGGGCAGAACCACAACGUACAGGGCUUCCACCCGUAUCGACGCUGACCACCACCACCACCACCCCUUCCCAGGCAGGACCGCUGUGUAAAGUUCAAAAAUAAACAAAAAAUAAGAAGUCAGGGAAAUCUGUGUUCUUGCUAAAACGCAAAACUGGAGUUCUGGAUGUUCUUUAGGAAUGUUGAAUGCACACAGUUUGUGAAACAGGGAUUCCAGUAAAUUUAAAAGGGUAUUUUUUGUGUGUUUUUUUUUUUUUUUUUAUAAUUUUAUUUUAUUUUAUUUUUUUCGUUUUGCAUAAAUUAAAAAAAACAUUCAGCAGAAAGAAGCUUUUAUUCCCCACCCCCAACCCAUGUUUUAUAGUAGAAAUAAACUACUUUGCAAUAAUUUUGUCUGGUCAAACACUAGCACAGAGACUAUAUGUAAAGAGACUUGCCUAUGAAUAUGUAUAUUUAUGGUGGACACAAAUGAAAACAGGGUCUCAAGUUUCCUCAGCUUUAAAUUAUAGGGAAAAUGUUUUUAUUUUUCAUUUGGUGAAUUUUGUUUACUUUCUGAGCCUUUAAAGUUUGUUUAAAAUGGAGAUUAUGAAUAUAUAUAUUAUACACAAACUGUGCAAUUUUUUAAAAAGGAAAAAAAAUUUUGUACUAUAAAUGUACACUUUGCUUGUUUUUUUAUUUAAAGAUGUAGACUUCCCUCAGGUGGCUGUUUUGGGUGCAUUUUUGCACUUAUGCAAAAAGUAAAGAUGAAAAAUUAUUACAAAAAUAAACGUUUUAAGGAUAAAA